UUCGCAGACGGCAACACCAUGACCCACCUCUCCGCCGCUUUGGUCGUCCUCCUCGUGGUGAGCGAGAUCGUGAUCGUGAACACCCUCGAGGAGAUCGCGAUCGACGUCGAGAACCCACACGUUCUGAUCAAGGUGGCCUUCGACACUCUGGUCGAUCUGGUACCCGUCGUCAUGAACAUGCUCGUGACGCUCUUCAUGCUGGCCACCAUGCUGUCCCUGCCACUCCUGUGGCAGGUCGUGAAGCCACCGACCCACUGCAGGCGCAGGACCCGUGGCGGAGGGCACACGUCGAUGAUGGCCGUGGGCGCCUCCUUCGUGAACCAGCUCAGGUGGACAUUGGCUCUGUGCGUGCUGCCGCAGCUGCUGCUGCGGCCAGCGCUGCUGCCAACGCGGCUGUCACUCAACUACAAUCCAUCGCUGGCGAGCUGCGCGCGUCGUUCCUCGCAGAGCAGGCGCGGGCGCAUCGGCGACUGGAUGUUCAAGCUCGUGAAGUUCAAGAACUCCGUCAACGGCAGGCGGCAGUUGGCAGUGGCUGAGGCGCAACUCCCUUACGAUGUGGACAACCUGGCGACGUGGGACCGCGCGGUGGACCCUCGCGUCUUCUCCGUGGGCACGGUGGCCCCUGCUGCUCCUGGUGCUGUUCGUGAUGCACUUGGCCCCUGUCUGGCCGACGCGAAGUUGCUGCCCGAGCAGGUGGACCUCAUCGGUGACGUCGUGGCAAGACGGUUCGCCCUGCGCGUCUUGGACAGCAAAACUGAGGCCAGCACCCGUGCCACUGCGCUGGUCAGGAGCCUGCGCGCCUAUGCUGGACUGCGCACCUUCCAG